CAAGGCCGUUUUGCCUUCGUCGACAUUAGUGCAGUCACUACAUUAAAAACCGUUAUUACCCUACUUCCGAAGAUCUUCGAAGCGUCAAACUCUCGAAGGUCGACAAGCCUACGCCUCCCCCGCGAUUAAGUACGCAGGCCGAGUACAACUUUUCCCGGCACAAAUCCUCCGUCGCCCAGCAUGGCGAUCAUCGCCGCCUAUUCGCCUGGCGACCGAACCAGGGUCGGAAAGCUGAGCAGCGCCCCCAGCAGUGGUUCGGCCAAGAAGACGCAAAAUUCGGGAGGAGGACAUGUCAGAAAUCUACCCGGCAACAGCCAUUAUGGCUUGAUAAAUCGGUUCUCUUCGCCCGCUGCGAUGAGUGGCAGCGUCGCAAGGGAAACCGGGCUGGCACGGAUCAAGAGGAAUUUGGAAAUGGACGCGAUGAGAGCGGUAUCAAAUAAACUAGAUCAUCAUCAUGUUGUACGACAUCCUCGUGAAGAGUAUUGCGACGUCACUGAACGACAUGCAGAUUGCAGAAGUUCUUGCUGAGCUACUGCUACUUGCAGACGAAAAGACUGACAUUUGUGUUGAAAUUAUCAAAUACCACCCCCAGGAAGCUGCAGACGACGCCGAUAAUAUUUUAGUCAGCAACGCCGAGGACAUCAAUAUGGCCACGUCCAAAGACAAUGGCACCCCCAGCUACAACGAGGCCCAUACGAAAGCGAAGAACAAAUUGAAACAACUCUCCCGAUCGAUGACGCGCGAUUCCGACAUAGUGAAGCGUAUGCGGGAAAUUGAGGAGCAGAAUGCGGAGAAGUUUUCCAUCGAUGCACUGGCGGAGAACAAGGGGAUUUCCGUAUCAAAGUGAAAAAAGCCCCCACCCCAUAUCGGAAACGGACGAUGCGCGAAUUUGUGAAGCUGUAUUUGAGUACACAAAUCGACUUGUAUUGCUAGAAGGCCAAGAGACGAAGCUGCGGCCUAAAUUGCACGUAAUCUGACAUGCUGUUUCCCACUUCCAGUUGCCUCCUGUCAUCCUGGAGCUGCAAGGCUUUCCCACGCUAGACAGCACUACAGUCCGCAUCUUUUGCCUUCUAGCAUCACAAAGCUGAUUUGUGACCACAAAUCUGCAUCACAGAUUUCCGUUUUGAUAUGGGGAGGGGGCAUUUUUCAUUGUAAUAUUCCGAGGGGAUGCUGCUCGACUGGCUCGACAAGGAAGUCAACGACGAGCAUAUGAAAUGCAAAAGCAUCGUACUACGUAUAAAUCGCAUGACAAACUUCCUCAGCAUGAAAAACAAAACUCGUGGUGCGGAUUUAACUUGAGGAAGAAACUUGUAAUGCAUGAAUGCGAUUAGUACGAGUGCGAUACUUUUGCACAGGAUAGAGCAGGCGUGCUUGCAGCUCCCGUUCGCACUGCUCCUCGUGAUUGUCUUCGCGGCCUUGUUAUGCAUUGCAAAUGCGUCAUCUGGGUCGGGUCUGGAAAGGUGCAAACCUGUGAUGCUGUCUUUGGAUUCUAAAAAAAUCGGUAUUGCGUGGCCAGCAAGAGGAGCCCAGUUUGAUGUGCUACGCGGAGACAGAGGGCACUUCUCAUGCGGAAUAGGCAUCAGGAACGCCUCUAAAAAUCUGUGAUGCUAGGUCACGCAUCGGAGGCAGAGGCAUCGUUGGUCAUGCAACAUAUGCAUGGGGGGGGCGCGCGGACCUCGCUUGCCAUCUCGUUUGGUCUCGCGAAAGUUCCAGUCCCCAGUGGGUGGUUUCGGUCGGGCCGCACCCAAGGACUCCACCCACUCACCGCGCGGUGUGUGCUUUCUUUUGGCUGCAUACAGGAAAAAAAAAUAAGUCCACCUAUUUCAAGGGGCCGCACCCCGCUUUUUAUGCCCGGCCCCGUUCCUGGCACACAGCGUGCUCCACGAGGCGGGCGCAUAGAUGGGCUUGUAGAUCCGGCGACACUCAUGUGGACAUACUAAUGCUUCAUGAUGACAAGUAAAAAAUCCACUUUACAGCUACCGCUUCGCUUUGCAAGCACCGCAAUCGAGGUAGUGCUGACCUGUUUUAUACCGUAGUACGCAAAUGUCUGACAAUUCAAAAAAACAAAACUAUUUCAUCUUCUCGUCGCCAUCAUAAGUGCCUUGAGGUGCCGCACACCUCUAUCUCUAGUUUCUUGUUGAUUACUUCUCGCUCGUUCGGUCGCGCAUGUGCGGUGCAGCUCGCUCAGAGUUUUUUGUUUUUCAUGCGACUCUGCAGCCCUCACGCAUAAAGGUUUGCAUGUUUCAAGUCUUUGGACUUUCAUGGGCUCACGCACAUCCGAGAUCGGGGGGGUGGGAGGGGGUCCUCAAGCCAGAAAAAAAAUCCCCCCGAGUGUGAAUCGGGAAUAUCAAGGUGCAACAUAUGCAUGACAAACCUGGUGGCAAUCGUCCAGACCCAGACAUAUUUGCACUGGAUACUUGUCAGUUUUGACACUGGGGAAUAAAUACGUCCAGGACGUGCACACCAGCAUCGAUGUGUUCAUUCGGGAAAAUGCGAACUUCGGGUAGUAUAUGGCAUGAGCGUUCUGCUUUUGCAUGGUUACUUUCAUAAUGAAGAUCCUCAUUUGCGCUUCAAUGCUGCGACAUGCGUGCUUUUUCCUCCGCAGUUCCUCUUCCUUUUUCUUUCUGUUCUCCCUCUCUUGGCUGUUUUUUGGCAUGACAGAAAUUCGUUCUCUUCACUAUAUACAGGUUCGACCACGGCGACAUGCACGGCUUGAAAGCGCUCCGAGACGUCCACACCGUUGCCGACGUCUAUUCCUGGCUCCGCCUCGGCUUCGUCCCCCUCAUGCUGUCUGACUCCUUCGGCUACAGUGAGCACUUGACCGACACGGUUACUGCCCCACAGACUUUACCGCCGGCCCAGCAGUUCCCAGGAUACCAACGCACCAGCCCUUUACCCUCAGAUCUCCUGCUGUGGAACCACUUGGUCGGCGCAGUCAGACUCACCCAAACGACGAACUCCGAGCACGGAAGCAGUUCUUGUUGGGACGUCCCGGAGGAAAUCCGACUCGUUCUCAACGACAAACUGACCCCGUGUUACGGUCAGGGCGAUUUCCCAACCUUGCAGCAGCAUUUGGCAAUCAGCAAACCCGUGGAAAGUCCCGCGAAAACCGUUUUCUUACCGACAGACUUCGCGAGCCCGGGAAGCCCAUACUCCUCCACCGCGGAGGUGCAAACGGCCAUUGGGGACCUGGAAAAGAACCUCUGGAUCACGGAAAACGUGAAGCAGGUGCAGAUUUCCUUCCUCUCCCUGAACCGGGAAUUCGGGCUGUGGACGAUGACGACGAUUUCCUUCACUUUCCGACGGGGUGGCCAAGUGUUGAAAGACAUCUACCAGCAGUCCACCUGGCUCAACUUCCCGAUGGGCAACGCGCAGCCGGAGCUGCUCACCUCGCUGAACCUGUUGUGGCUCGCGAUGAACUGCUACAUCUUUCUAUCCUGAGUAAAAACGUACCCACACCAGAGUCAGGAUGAGGAUUUUGCAACACAAACUGAGGAGUUUUGUGAGUCACGCAUGACAAGUUGCACUAUGCAGUGUAGUGCAGGUUAGCAAGUGCAGCCGCAUCACAGAUUCAUCUGCUCAUCCUGUUCACAGCAUCACAAAUUCCAAAUAUAUUGAUUCUCAUAUAUUGAUUCUCAUAUAUUGAUUCUCAUAUAUUGAUUCUCAUAGUAUAGCAGGUCUCUGGGGUUCUGUGUGAUUCAGUCAUGGACUUCCUGUCUGCUUCUAUUACAGUUGUGAGCGCAAAGCAAGGUUGAAAAAUAUAUAAGUGCCCGGGGAUGAAGAAAUACUCGCGAUGUUUUCGCGGUUCUGACCCUAUGCCGCUCCAGCGCCUGCGGAGGCUUGCUUCCCCAGUGACAAUGGACAAUGGCAAUGUCCGUGCGGUUGUUUUAGCAUCACAAAUUCCAAAACACGAUUGGAAAUGGCUCUCAUGGGGAUGCGCAUUACAAGUCUUCCUGUCUUUGCAAAUCUGCAUUACAACUCUGCUGUGUGUACGUUUUUACUCAGGAUACUUUCUCCAAGAGGUCACCGAAAUCGCGAAGAUUUUGAAGGAAACGCGGUCGCUCUCCCGGUUCAGCCAGAAGUAUUUCGGGUUGUGGAACGUCGUCGACUGGCUCACCGUGUUUUCCGCGUGCUCCUUAUCGCAAGACAAAACUGUUUCACUGUGAACUUGUGAUGCAUAGAAUGGAGCACAGAACGAUUUGCCUUGCUGCACGUGCAAGACAUUGGAUUUUCAGGCGUGUUUUCCCUUUGGAAGCGCGCAUGGCAAAUUUUCUGUGUCAUGUGUAGCAAACUUGUCAUGCAGAUCUUGCAAAGCCAUCCCAGUGAAACAGUUUUUUCGUGGGAUACUCCUUGAUCGGGUUUUACUUCUACUUGAACACCUAUGGAAGCGCCAGGAUUGAAAUCAUCAAAGUUGAAAUUAUUUGUAAUGCAUAAAAUCGAUACCAGCUGAUCUGAAGCCCAAUUUCCCAAGUGCGCAUGACAAAUUUCGGCACCGUCUAAAACCAGUUUGUCAUGCUGUUUAGGGACAGCAGGCGCCUAGUGUCAUGCUACUUUAGCAGCUCGAUUCCAAACCCGAAACAGGCUUACAAUUGGCCUCAUUUGCAGUCCUUGCAAGAGAGGCACUUCAUGCCUUGCAAUUUCUGCAUGAGAAAUUAUUUGUAUUUCAACUUUGAGGAUUUCAAUCCUGACGCUUCGAUAACACCUUUGUGAUGGACUUGAAGACGAAUUUUUCCUCUUUAACCACCGGAAGUAACUCUUUGACCAACGAGAAACUAUACGACCUAACGCUGAACAUCAUGACGCACCAGAACGAAUUGGUCUUCUGCAGCUACCUGUACGUGUUGAUAUCGCUUGUCCGCUUGUUCAAGGGGUUCUCCGCGCAACCGCGGUUGGGCGUGGUCACGAACACCAUUAUCAACGCGGCGGUGGACAUUUUGCACUUCCUCGUGGUCUUUUCCUCGGUUUUCUUCGCGUAUGCUCUUGCUGGUGUCAUCGUGUUCGGCCGGCAUCUGCAGGAAUUCGCGACGUUAGACGUGUCCUUGACGACGUGCUGGCGGCUGGUCUUCGGCGAUUUUGACUGGGAUAUCAAAAGGAAAAAUCCCCCCUCCCCAUAUCGAAAAGGUAUGUCUCCGAAAAUUUGCGUUGCUGAUUUGAUGAGGUCACAAAUCACGGCUGUCUUGCAAAAAGACAAGGGCAGAAGCUUCCGCCAUAUUAUGGAGGCGAUUUGUCAUGCUGUUGGGCCUAAAGGGGAGCCGUUUGCCAUGCUAAGCAACUACUUAGACCCAUACGCUCCUACCUAGCCUGGGGAUCUGGCCGCAGUGUCUUACUGCAAUAUAUAUAAAGCCGAUUUUUCUACACAGAUCCAGCAUCAGAAAUUCCGUUUUGAUAUGGGGCGGAGGGAUUUUUCCUCUCAAUAUGGGAGAGGACGAGCCGGAUCGCGCCCUGGGAAGCGGCGGUGUUCUUCUACAGCUUCACACUUUUGGUCGUGUUGAUCAUGCUCAACAUGCUAUUGGCGAUCAUUCUCGAUACCUACAUGGACGUGAAAGGACAGUCGACGAAGGCGGAAACCCUGUAUUCCCAAGCGAUCGAGACGGGUUCGAGGUACAUACGGUUGAAAAAAGGCUCGAGGGUAUCUUUGGAAUACAUCCGGAAGCACUUGUUGAGACGGGCGAAAGCGCUACUGUUGGCAGAGCAGGAUGGCGGUCUACUUAAUUGGGGUGUUUCGAUCGAGUGUGUGCUUGUUGUGGUCUCCUGCGUCUCGAUGUUCUUGUUACGCAUAAUCAUGAUAAGAUGAGUGAUUGCAAUUGCAUUGAUAGACCACUUCUUGUUGUCCGAAUUCGUCUUCGACCCUAGUAGUUCCUAAAUGUUCAGGUUCCUAUCCCGCUUCCAUCCCAGUAGUGCCCACGACGGCCGGCAAUUCGGAUGCCGACCCCGUGCCUGAGCAAGACGCCAAGAACGCGAAGCCACCACUUGGUCUUGCUGCGAACAAAUACCUAACCACUUCUUCUGGUGAGGAGUCGGAGACCACUUUAGACGCCGCGAACAGGGGAGCAACGGCAGUAGACAAAUUGAGCAAGCAGGUUUCCAUAUCAGACGAAACCACGGCGACGGAAUCGAACAAGGUCCUCUACUCCGAGGGCGAGCACUCCCAGGUGGCGCCGGGGGGCAGCAACGCCGCUGCGGUCGUGUGGCAGAAACGGGCGGAAAGGGCGGGGUCAGGUACUUCUACAAUUAUCAUGGAGUUACUUAUUAAGUUGAAGUUCAAGGCCACGUCGAGGGUCAACAUGUCGUGUGCUCUACAGGAACAAGGCAAAGACAAUGACAAUCGAGUCUACUGUCGUCAUGCUUACUUACUUGCGUCACUCACAGUCAGACCCUCACCCUAAAAAAUUUUAGGAUUCAUUCGCGGGGGCGGCAACCACAAUUCCCACAGUCUGGAUUUCCACUACACCGAGGGCUCACCCGGCCACGUCGAGUUGGAUUCCUACGCAUCCCCCGAAACUCAGCCCGGAUCACGUUAUCAAAUGCAAAAAUGUCUGGGUCUGGAAGAAUCCGAACUUGUGAUGCUGCAUUUGGAUUCCAAAAAAAUCUGUAUUGCAUGACCAGCAAAGGGAAUGCAAUUUUGGCUACGCGGAGAGGGCAUUUGUCAUGCGGAAUAGGUAUCGCGAAGCCCUCAAAAAGUCUGUGAUGCUAGGGCAUGCAUCACCGACAUCAUGGCCCAUGCAAAACGUGCAUGACAAGUCUCAGAAUCUUCCAGACUCAGACAUUUUUACAUUUCAUACACGUGCCCGCAAGUCCAAACUGGAAGCGAUCCGCAGCAACAUCCUACACCAAAUUUCCGGGGGCCCCCCGGCGUCCUCUUCCUCCAGCGACGGAGGUGGCAUUUUAUCUUCCCCCGGGCGACCCCCGCACAUCCCCUCGUCGUCGACUUUACCGACGAUCGAUUGCUGUCGGCAGUUGUUGCAAUCGAGGACCGACGAGUACCUCACCGCGGAGGACUUGCAGAAUAUCAUCCCGAACCUCCCGAAAGACCAAAGCGAAAGGACCAUCCGGAACGCGUUGCUCGAUCUCUGCGACGAGUCGGAAUUGAACGUCGAGCCGAGUCCCGCGUGCGGUUUCGAGGCGAUCCACGAAACUUUGGAAGAGGGCUUUAUGAUGAUCCGCCGGGAACUAUCCUGAGCAAAAACGUCCCCACACUAGAGUCAAGAUGGGAAAUCUGCUAGACAAAUCGAGUAGCUUUCGUUGUUUGGCAUGACAAGUUUGUCCUCGUAGUGUAAUCCUGUUGAGCUAGCUCCAGCAGCAUCACAGAGCUAGCAUAGCAUGCUGAUUAGAGCAUCACAAAUUCUACAACACGACUAGAAAAUGCUUCUCAUGGCGCUCCGCAUGAGAAACUUUUUUGGCAUGCAGAUUUGCAUAGCAACUCUGGGGUGGGGACGUUUUUCCUCAUGAUAGGAACUCGGGGAGAUGACCGGGAACAAGAGUCUGAAUCGAGGAGUUGGGGGGCCUGGGUUGCUGAAGAAACAGUCCAGUGCUGGUCCCAGUCCCAUUUUGGCCGCACCCAGUCCUGUUGCAUUGGUAACGAGCGCAGGAACAGGGCGAGAACAUCAACUGGGUCAACCUCAGCCGACAACUUCUACCGCUCCCGCAACGGUUGUCUCCACGCCUGUGCAACAAGAGCAGAAUACCACGAAUCUUUCUACGGAAGAGAGAUUAUCCAGGAUAGAAAAUCAAUUGUCCCAACUGACGCAACUGCUGGUAGCCCAGCAACAAACCUACGACUUGAAAUUCGACUACAGCAGGAGGCCGAGUCAUAUGAACGGAGAAGGUGGAGUCGUUGACCAAGACGAGGUGCGGAUUUACGAGCCGGGACGGCUAACCCCAAGCUCGUUCUUCUUCUGCACUAAUCCGCCAGUAACGCAACAAAUCGGAGGUGGUGGUGGUGCAGCCACGGCGGUGCAGCAGCCGCGGAGUAGAAGUGGCAGCACGCAACUGUGAGAAUAGGAUUCUGUCUUCGUUCAGCACGAUUUCAUACAAGACCGAUUGUGAUUCAAUUUUAAACAAGGGUUUUUAUCAAGUCCUUUCGAGAAACAACAGAUCGGCAUCGGAAAUAACGUGUAGUUGCACCUAGUACAAUAUGCAAGGUGGACGAACAAGCAAAGCAAUAGAAAGUGAAAGUGCGAACAUCGGCCAUAGCAAGAAAUUUUAAUUUUUGUUUUCGACGCACAUCACGUUCAGGUUCGCUGGACAAUAUCUUCACAGGAGGAGCAUCAGGAAUUAUUGCGCCAACAUAAUGUAGUUGAACGGACGCUUACAGCACGCCAUAUAUUCUUGAAUUGAUGAGUCGACUUUCAUUGGCAGUCUCAAUUCAAAGACCCAAAACUCGAACGCGAAUAGGCUUGCUUCUGAGGCACAAAAACUUCUAUAUACUAAUCGACGCGAUGAAUUAUGUUUAUGCUACGCACAAGAUGUUGAAGUUGAAUGGACAGAAGUAAU